GGAUGCUAGGACCCCAAUGGGGCCUGGCGCAACCCGCAAGGCUUGAGCUCUGGGGGCGGGGGUGGGCAGGACCCCCGGGGUCCCAGCCGCAGAAAUCCCACCCCCUUGGGUUGGGGGGUGGGGCAGCCUUGGACACAUGCCAGGGUCAGGACGCUCGGGCCUUGUCAGCCACCUCUCUGUUCCAGAGUCUUAGGGGCUGGGCAAUGGGGUGCAGACCACGCUGCCCUGACUCCCUCCUUUGUCUCUCUCUGUCUCUGCCAUCAGUCUCUCAGCCACUGCACCUGUAAGAUGGUGAGUCUCCUCUGCUCCUUCCCCUCAAAAGGCCCAAGCCCCUUGUCAGAGGGAGGGCCCAGAGGGCAGUGUUUGGCACCCAAAAGCCUCACCCUGGGGGCUCCCCUGUGCAGACAGCUCAGACCUAUGGCCCCGGGUGCGUGGGACAUGCAGCUGCUGCGGGCUGGGCACUUCUGGCUCCCCCAGCAGCCCCGGGGACGGGCACAGGUGGUCCCCUUUGGUGGUCAUUCAUUCCACAACACCUCUUGAGCCCCUGCUAUGCACCUGACACCAUUCUAGGCUUGGGGACAUAGCAGUGAGAGCACGGUCUGGGCUCUCAGGGGACGCACACCUUCUUCUUCUUUUUGGAACACACCUUCUAAGAGAAGGCACAAGGCUCAGAAUUUGGAACUGGUCAGCCUGGAUUCGAGCCCAGGUCUCAGGUGCAGACGUGCCCUCCCGGACGCAGCACACUGCAUCCCCCGUGACUGAAGGCUAAGCCUCACUGGUCUCCUGGAGUGGGACGGGGCAGGUGCCAGGCCCCCCAAGGCCAAAGAAACCUUGUAACUUACCCAAGGUUGCUCAGGCUGUCCCCCGGAGGAUAAGCCCACUACUGUCCCCACCUAUGGUCACACAGAGUCUGAGUAGCCUCAUUGGGAGUUAGCCUGCCUCAGAGAGGGGCAGGGGUGUAAAAUGUCAUCCAAAGAAAGCAUUUCUGUGACUCAGAACAUCUGAAAAAAGGGCACCAGCUUUUUCCCCUACCAGUGCACUGCACAGGGCUGGCCACACAGUAGGUCCUCAAGGCCUACCUGGGUGGCCAUGGGACAGCUUCAUCUACACAUCCAGGUCUCAGCAGAGCUCCCCAAUGGUGAUAGACAGGUUACCGAGGCCAGAGGGGGAAUGAGCAGCCCAAGUGAUUGCUCGGUUCGUUCAUCUGUUCUCAAUCCGUGUUUACUGAGCAGCUAUGGUGUGCUAGGACUGCUUCAGUGAACAAAACAGACCAACACGUACGUCUAGUCCUACGAACCAAGCUAGGACAGGCCUCAGCGUGGGAUGGGGGGCAGUGGUCCAGCCAGCGGCACAUUGCUUUCUACCUUCCCCCCAGACCCCCUGGAGCACUGUACCUGGAGUUUGCAAAGCACCCCUACCUACAUGUUCCUGGUGACAGGCCUUCACCCCCUAAUCCAACACCAUCCCCUCCUGGUUCCUAGGACAGUGUCUGCCCUGAACAUAGCCCAAGGUUAGGGGUGUGGAGGGCUUAUACCCUUGAGUGACUUAAUGGGCUCUUUGCUCGCUCUACCCCAGACCCACCACUUCUGCCCCUCUCAGCUCUCCCUGGAUCCGCUGGGUCCCGACUGGGACUGCCCCCUGGGCACCAAGGACCUGGAGGAAGAGGAGGGUCCAUGGGGAGGAGGCUCCGGCCUGCCGCCCCCAGGCUGCUUCCCUGGCUGCUGGCGCCAGGACGUGGGCCUGGACUGCAAGGGCUCCCUCGAGGGGGCGGAGGCCCGGGCCUGGACCGUCCACGGCUACAGCCUCCUGCAGAGCUGUCUGCGGCAAGCUGGCCUUCCGGAGACCCAGGACCGCAGCCAGGCGCCCCGCACAGGCUGCCCUGGUGCGGAGGUGACCUUAUGCAUUCUGGGAUCCCCCAGCACCUUUCUGUCUGUGCUCCUGGAGGGUGGGGUCCAGAGCCCGGGAAAUAUGCUCCUCUGCCUGUCCCCUGCUUGGCUGACGAAGGUGCCAGCACCCGGGCAGCCGGGUGAGGCGGUCCUGCUGGUCUCUAAGGCUGUGAGCUUCCACCCAGGGGGCCUGACAUUCCUGGAUGACUUUGUCCCCCCACGCCGAGUCACCUACUUCCUGGCGGGCCUGGGGCUGGGACCUGGCCGGGGUCGAGAGGCAGCUGAACUUGCCCGUGACCUGACCUGCCCCACGGGAGCCUCGGCUGAGCUGGCCCGGCUGCUGGAGGACAGGCUGCUGACAAGGCGACUGCUGGCUCAGCAGGGUGGUGUGGCCGUGCCAGCGACCCUGGCUUUCACCUAUAAGCCACCGGCCCUGCUGCGGGGAGGGGAGGCCACGCCGGGCCUACGGCUGGUGGAGCUGAGUGGCAAAGAGGGCCAGGAGACACUGGUGAAGGAGGAAGUAGGGGCUUUUCUGCACUCUGGUGCCCUGGGUGAUGCCCUGCAGGUGGCCGUCAAGCUCAGUGGCUGGCGCUGGCGGGGGCGGCAGGCCCUGCGUGUGCACCCGCGAGGGGAGCUCGGCGCAGUGGCGGACACGGUGCUGGCGCUGCUGGAGAAACUGGAGGAAGAGGAGAGUGUCCUGGUGGAGGCUGUGUGCCCACCUGCCCGACUGCCUUUCCCAGGCAGUCCCCCACCUGGCCCUCAGCUGGCUGUGCGGAUCUGCGCUGUGGUCUGUCGGACCCAGGGUGACAGGCCCCUGCUGAGCAAGGUGGUGUGCAGCGUGGGCCGUGAGGACCGGCCUCUGCGGCACCAGAGCUCCUUGCCACAGACGCUGGAGGUGGCACUGGCCCGGUGCGGCCUGGGUGAGCCGGGGCAGGUGGCGGUCGUGCGACAGCACGUCAAGGCGGGGGCCGAGGCCGCGCUGGCCGCAGUGCUGGCCCUGGAGGCCGGCCUGAGCGCGGAACAGCGCGGCGGGCGCCAGGCCCGAACGGACUUCCUCGGCGUGGACUUCGCGCUGACGGUGCAGGGCCGCGCGCUGACCCCCGUGGCCCUGGAGCUGAACAGCGGCCUGUGUCUGGAGGCGUGCGGCGCGCUCGAGGGGCUGUGGGCCGCGCAGCGCCCGCGGUCGGGGGCCGAGGAAGCGGCGGCCGCGCCGCUCGUGGAGACCAUGCUGCGGCGGUCCGCGCACUACCUCAUGGAGGGCAAGCAGCUGCUGCUGAUCGGCGCCGGCGGCGUCAGCAAGAAGUUCGUGUGGGAGGCCGCGCGCCACUACGGCCUCAAGCUGCACCUGGUGGAGUCGGAUCCCAACCAUUUUGCGUCCCAGCUGGUGCAGACUUUCAUCCAUUUCGAUGUGACAGAGCACCGGCGGGAUGAAGAGAACGCACGGUCGCUGGCGGAGCUGGUGCGGGCCCGUGGCCUGCAGCUGGAUGGCUGCUUCUCCUACUGGGACGACUGCCUCGUGCUCACGGCCUUGCUCUGCCAGGAGCUGGGGCUUCCCUGCAGCCCCCCGGCUGCCAUGCGCUUGGCCAAGCAGAAGAGCUGCACCCAACUGCACCUGCUACGCUGCCACGGGCCCCCUUGGCCUGCGCCCUCCCUGCACGCCGUGCCCUGCUGCCCGCUGGAGAGGGAGGCCGAUGUGGAGAGGGCCGUCCACCAGGUGCCGCUGCCCGGCGUCAUGAAGCUGGAGUUCGGGGCGGGCGCGGUGGGUGUGCGGCUGGUGGAGGACGCGCCACAGUGCCACGAACACUUUUCCCGGAUCGCUCGUGACCUGCAGGGGGAGGCCGACCACCCCGGCAUUGGGCUGGGCUGGGGCAACGCCAUGCUGCUGAUGGAGUUUGUCGAGGGCACCGAGCACGACGUGGACCUGGUGCUGUUCGGAGGGCGCCUGCUGGCCGCCUUCGUCUCCGACAAUGGCCCCACGAGGCUGCCUGGCUUCACGGAGACGGCAGCCUGUAUGCCCACCGGGCUGGCCCCGGAGCAGGAGGCCCAGCUGGUGCAGGCAGCCUUCCGCUGUUGCCUGGGCUGUGGGCUGCUGGAUGGGGUGUUCAAUGUGGAGCUCAAGCUGACCCAGGCUGGGCCGAAACUGAUCGAGAUCAACCCCCGCAUGGGCGGCUUCUACCUGAGAGACUGGAUCCUGGAGCUCUAUGGUGUGGACCUGCUGCUGGCAGCAGCGAUGGUGGCCUGCGGCCUGCGGCCUGCCUUGCCCACCCACCCACGGGCCCGUGGCCACCUGGUGGGGGUCAUGUGCCUGGUGUCCCAGCAUCAGCAGGUGCUGAGUUCCACUGCCAGCCGCGAGACCCUGCAGGCUCUCCACGACCAGGGCCUGCUGCGCCUCAAUUUGCUGGAGGAUAUCCUGGUGCCGGGCGAGUACGAGGAGCCCUACUGCAACGUGGCCUGUGCUGGGGAGAGCCCGGCUGAGGCUCGCCUCCGCCUGCUAGGCCUCUGCCAGGGUCUGGGCAUCGAUGGGCCCCACUACCCGGUUGCCCACUUCCUGUCCCACUUCAAAUAGUGCCUCUCUCUCCCUGGACCCCUGCCCCAACCCUGGCUUGGCCCACCCCCAAGGCCUCAUGGCUGUUCCAGAGUGUCAGGGCCAUUUGACACGAAGGCUCCCGAGCUUAAGGGCCAUAAAAGAAAGUAUGGUGGGGGGGCCACUGGCCCCUCUUGCUGUCAGGUCGGCCCGAACGCCCCAGUCCUGCCCCACGAGUCUAGUCACAGAGAAGCAACAACAGCUGUGCACGUGCACACACACACCACAGGGAGGUGGGAAUGGGCCCAAACUUAGCCCCUCUUUGGCAUCCCUCCAGGUCUGUCUCUCUUCCUGCACCCUUCAGGAAGAGAGAAGCUGGGCCUCUGGCCUUGGACAAAUCCCACAAAAACCUGAGAUAAAACGGCCUGUCCUCAACCCUCAUUUAGCAAAUCCCAGGAUAUUUCCAGACCCGCUGACAACUUUUGGCAGUGCCCUGCCUGCCUUGUUGGGCCUGAGCAGUAGAAGCAGGGGACCUGGGAUCAGCAGGAACCAUUUCCUCUCCAGGUAGACACCAUUGCCCCGUUCUACAGAUGAGGAAACAGGCUCAGACAGGAACAAUCACUGCCUCAAGGUCGUACCACAGUAGCCAGGGGGUCAAGGGACAAGCUACAAGGUCCAUGUUUCCACUUUUACUAAGUCUUAUGUGCCCGCUCCACUCCUAAACCGCACUCAGCUCCCUGCCCUCAUUCAUAUGUGGCCUUAAGAUGAGGGAACGUCCCUUCCCAGGCAGCACCCACCUUCUCCACCAAGCUUUGGUACAUUGGCCUCUGGCAUAACUAACCAGCACUGGCAGAGGAAAGUCUGCACUCCCUUCCUGAUUCAGAGGAGUCUGUCCCAAUAACUCUGUCCCAAUAACCCUGUGCAGCCUGGGAGUUGUGGCCAGCUCCGCAAGCAUCCCUCUCCAAAUAAAGGCUUAUG